AUGGAGAACGUCAAUGUCACUGAAUUGGUCGAGCGCCUGGGCAGCGACGAAGAUGCCGUGCGCAAGAUGGCCGUCUUCAAGCUCCAGGGCAACAUUGGAGACCCAUCCUUUGCGGACCUCUUCAUUGCAGAGGGAGGUUUGGUCCGGUUACGCUAUUUGACUCUCCAUGCUACUGGAAAUACUCUGGCUUACAGUUUGACGAGCUUCGCCAGACUGCUCGACGUGGAUAAAGGGUGGGAAUGUGUUGAUCAGGAGUUGGUGGAACGGAUUGUCGAGCUGAUUGUCACCCAUCCCCUGGUCAAUAUUCUUCGAGGCGCCAUGUCGAUUCUCGUCUCCGUCGUCUCCCAUCCCUACAUCGGGAACCGUGCAUCCCAGGUAGACCAUUUUGGUUUCCGUGCCUUAAAACCCGCCAUUGCCAUAUACCCGCAGUUCCUGGAAAUGCUAGUGAGCCGACUUUCCUCCGCCGACCACGCUCUGUGCGCCAAUGCGCUGCAAUUGAUCAACUCCCUCAUGCGUGACUCGAUCGCACACGACUCCGAAACAGAGUGGCCGAAGUUUAUUCAGAAGCUGCAGGAUUUGGGUGUGAUCAGGGCUGUUUAUGUACUCAUGCAGGACUCUGCUCUUCAAGACCUGGCGCAUCCGUUACUCGAAUUCCAGUCGUUGACCAAAGUGCUGCUGCGGAAAUGGCGAGACAUUCCAGUCAAUCAGGAGAAGCCCGAGCAUCGCCGCGCACUGAAGGGGGUUCACCUGGCCAGCAACCCGCAGAAGCACCCCGACGAGGCUACUGAGAAUGGCGACGACACACGACGCUCAAAACGACACCAUCCGGAGAAGUGGAGGCGGCUUGGAUUCGAGACGGAAAGCCCAGCUGUGGAGUUCCAUGAGGUUGGUUUCCUAGGCAUGAUGGAUCUGGCGGACUAUGUGCGCAGCCAUCAGGAUGAAUUUCAGAAAAUGCUCUUGGAGCAUUCUACAAAGCCGGCACGGCAACGGUGCCCGAUCGCACGCGCAUCUCUGGCUGUAACAUCAAUUUUAUACGAGCAUUUUGAGGUGGACAAGUCAGAGGUGGAUGAUACCAAGACAUAUCUCAUUUCAGAAUCCCGCUCGGGCUUUGAUAGACUGUUUCAGCCAUUGCUAUUACACUGGACCCGGCUACAUGUCGCUGGAUUACAGGCCUUUUUCCGCUUGUGGAAGGCAACUGCCGCCGAAGUUGAGGAUUUGGACAAACUCAUCGAGCUCGUGCGCAUCCUCAUCGAAUCCGUGGUGGGCGGAGCGUCUCGGGCCAAGGAUGUACAGGACGUGGAAGAGGAGCUGGCCGAUUUCGAAUAUAAUCGUCUGCGCGGGCUACAGAUGGAACUUCUCGAACUUACGUACGAGGAUGCAUGGGGUCAGCACUUGCGCCAGGUGCGCGAGGAACUCCACCACGAGGCCCUUCAGUUCGUCAAGGAGCAACGGAUCCGGUGUCUGCUUCGAGGUGCCUGGUUCGCUAUGGACUCUGGCUCCAAAUCUGAUGGAGCAGUGCAGAAGUCGACUGGGUCACAUCAAUUCGCUCAACUCUCUCACAACCGACGCUACUUACACUUCGGGGCAUUUAAAUCCAUAGGCGACGGGGCUCCGGAGCUGGAUACUUUGCCAGAGAAAAUUGAUCUCUCAAUCGUGUCAUCUGUUGUCUCCAACAUCUCCACGGCACCAGACCAUGCUUCUUCAGCCACAGUGAAGUCUGCACCCCGUCAACCUGCAACCAAGAUCACUAUUCACGGUUAUGCUCCAUCUACUUCUAGCGGCCAAGGCAAGGGGCCUGGCCACACCCGCUCGGCCAGCAGGACAACCCAAAAAGAGGUAGUCCUGCUCACGCUGCGGCCUUCAUCACACAGCAUUGCAUCCGAGUGGCUGGAUGGUCUAUUGAUGCUCCUCAACCAGCAACCCAUUACGGCAGAGACCACCAAGCUGAUUGAUCUGGUCAGCAACUACGGGUUGAAAAUCCGUCUACUUAACGUUCGCUUUGAUGAUGCGACCUUCGCAGGCGAGGCCCCUCAGACCAACUCCCGGGUCAUGGACAGUCGUCCCUCGAAAAGACGCCGAUCCGACAAGGAUGGAACUUCUGUAUCAAGGUCUCGCUCUAGAAAAUCCACAGUUGAUAUCAGUGAAUCAACCUCUGAACCCGUCGCCCUGUCCUCUCGUCCAAAACCCGCCGAAUCGUACAUAUCAACCCGUGUCCCUUCGUGCUCACCCUCUCCAAUUAAGAAAACCAAGUCAUCACCGAAGCCAGAUUCAAAGUCCAAGUCCUUGCAUACCUUUUUCCAACCAGCGACAGAAGGACAACGGUGGGCCCCCCCGCCCGAGAAGAAACAAGCCCUCCCAACGGUCACAGAAACAGUGGAUGUCGAUUUAAUCGAAGACGACUAUGAUUCCUACGAUGAGAUAUUUACGCAGCAUUUGGCCAAAGAGCGGACGGGUCUGACGACUUGCGUGAGCUCCAAGACGCGUCCUCCUGCGCCUAAACCACCACCCAAACCGCGAAGAAAGACACAAGCGAAACGAUUUAUUCUACCUCCGGAUGAAACGAAUGGGGCAACAAAGAAACAGGCAAAGUCCCAGCCGGCUGGGGUACCUGACCGGCGACCAUGGGCUCAACGAUUCGCCCCAGCCAAUCUAGGCGAGUUGGCUGUUCAUAAGAAAAAGGUCUCCGAUGUGCAACAUUGGUUGGAAGACGCCUUUUCAGGGAGACGGCCUGAGAGGUUACUCGUCCUGCGCGGUCCGGCAGGCAGUGGGAAAACCACCACUAUAAAUCUUCUUUCCGAAUCACUUGGUUAUGAUAUUAUCGAAUGGAAGAAUCCCCCGGUUUUGGAUUUUGGAUCCCGGGACUAUCAAUCUGUGAGCGCUCACUUUGACGAAUUUCUUGGACGUGGUGAUAAGUUUGGAGGACUUGACCUCGACCGUACCGACAAUUUCGAUGCCCAGCAAGAGAGCUCUCGGGAUCAUCGAAUUCUGCUUAUUGAAGAGUUUCCAACGGUACUUACUCGGGGUUCCUCUCACAUCACGGCUUUUCGAGCGUCUCUUCAGCGCUAUUUGGCUGCCGCGGCGACUGAUCAUGCACUUGGCAAGGCUGGGUUGGCCCAUCCGCCUAUUGUUAUCAUUGUAUCGGAAACGUUGCUGGGGUCUGCAUCCUCAAUCUCGGACAGCCUGACAGUUCAUCGAUUACUUGGGCCAGUCAUCUAUAAUCACCCCGGGACGACUAUUCUCGAUUUUAAUGCCAUUGCGCCUACAUUCAUGCAAAAAGCUUUGCGAUCUAUUCUCGAAAGAGAAUCGCACGAUUCCAAACGUGUUCAACUUCCCGGCCCAAGGGUCGUCGACAAAAUCUCCGAAAUCGGAGAUAUUCGCAGUGCAAUAUCAUCACUUGAAUUCCUUUGUUUGAAGAGAGACGGCGCCGGUAAAUGGGGUGGCAAUGCGGCCAAAACGAAAAAGGCCAAAGCCGAAGUCGCUUUGACGGCGAUGGAGCAAGAGUCUCUCAAGAUGAUUACGCAGAGAGAGGCCAGUUUGGGUAUGUUCCAUGCCGUUGGAAAGAUAGUAUACAACAAACGGAUGGAUCCCAGUCUCGUCGAGGAUAAUGGCGAGAUCCUUCCGUCGCCGCCAGACUACUUGCGUCGGUACCACCGAGCCAAGGCCUCGCAGGUCUUGGUGAAUGAUCUGGUCGACGAAACCGGAACAGAUAUUCCAACCUUCAUCAGCGCCCUUCAUGAGAACUACCCACCGUCUUGUGAUGGGGACGAUUUUACAGAUUAUUUUAACGACUGCAUCGAGGCACUAUCCGACAGUGAUAUCCUGAGCGCCGAGCGCCGACUAGGAGGCGCGCGUGCAGGAGUCGGGACCGGAGCUACUGCGCUCAGUAGCGGUGUCGAUGUACUACGACAGGAGGAAAUGAGCUUCCAGGUUGCGGCGCGUGGCCUUCUUUUUGCGCUUCCAUGCCCAGUGAAGAGGAAAGUCGGGUCCGGGGGGAUCCGAAGCCGCGCGGGUGAUGCCCACAAGAUGUUUUACCCAGCAUCUCUGCGUCUCUGGAGAGAGACUGAAGAAAUCGACGGACUGAUUGAUUCUUGGACAAAUCGAUUACUCGACCCCUUCAGCCAGUCUUUGACGGAUUCAAGCUCUGAUCUGACGGGCGUCAAAUCCUGGAAAACCCUCCAGAUAGGAAAGUCGGUGGCAAUCAGUUCAAGUGGUAAAGAAAAGCUCCCGAGUGUGAUCACAAUGAUGCCUCGCCAUGAUCUUCUGCUGCAUCAAUUGCCCUACAUGGCCAUCAUCCGGCGCCAUGACCCGGACAGUUGGCAAUUGGACAAGAUCACCAGCAUCCGGGCCAAUGAUAGCCUUCGCGAAGAUCUCAUGGAUGAUGUAGAGGAACCUUCUCGACAAUGGCGGUUGAAGCAGCCCAGUAGCAAUGCUUUUGGACCUCGGCUUCCCCAGGAAGAAGAGAAGUUGUUCCUCAGUGACGAUGACAUUUGCCGGGCGGUGCGCGCCGAUGUUACUCCCAAGAUCCACCGUCUUGUUGUCAACUUCCUCCUAAUGCUCAAUGACAAUGAGUCUCCUUUGAGACGAGGGCACAAUGACUCCUACCUGAUAACUCGAUCCCGUGCUGGCUCUGUCAACACACCGAAUACCACCAUUGUCUCGCCAAGCGCGUCUCAGUCUCGGAAGCCCGAAGGCAAGUCGGAUUAUGGCCAAUUGAAGAGAGAUGUGCCCGGCCUAGCGGCUGCGGCUGCCCAUGCGGCAGUCCCCAGUUGGACAACCAUGAUCUUAAUGAUCUCUCUCAUCUUUGGUGGCUGUUGUGCAAAUGUCUUUGCGCUGGAGGCAAUUAUCAAAGAACAACCUACUGCCGGUCCUUUGAUCACCUUCGCCCAGUUCGUGAUUUGCGCACUAUUUACCCUUCCAAGCUUCCUUUCCUUCUCCGCCGGACCACAAUCACUAUUCCUUGUUCCUCGCGCGAUCCCCUUGAAGUCGUGGGUGGCAUAUACAGCCUAUUUUGUGACGGUAAACCUCUUGAACAACUGGGCAUUCGCAUACAAGAUCUCUGUGCCGCUGCAUAUCAUCCUGCGGUCUGCUGGCCCUGUAGCUUCCAUGGUGACUGGUUAUAUCUACAAUGGAAAACGCUAUUCCCGAGGUCAGAUCGCUUCGGUGGCCAUGCUGAGCGUGGGCGUGGCAGCCGCAGCAUUGGCCGAUGCCCAGGCCAAAGGGAUGUCAAUCACAGUCGAGUCGCCUGAUACCGACGUCGACAUGAUGACUACUGCGACAGGGUUCACCAUCCUCGCUCUGGCAAUGAUUUUGUCCGCCUUCCAGGGAAUCUACGCGGACCGCCUAUAUACCACUUACGGCAGAGACCAUUGGAAGGAGGCUCUCUUCUACUCGCACACGCUCUCGCUACCUAUAUUCUUUACAAGCUACGCACAGCUGUUGUCUCAGUGGAGGGUGGUAGCUUCGUCACCAUCUUUGCUGUCUCAUCUCAACCGUGAUAUCUUGUUAGAUCCGUCUGUCUCGAGGUUAACGAAGAGUACUGCAUUCUCGGUGCUGGAUCAAAUCCAACACCACCCGUCCGUCCAGUCUAUACUUACACAACUUCCCGUGCAAGUGGCAUAUUUGAUUAUGAAUGCCCUGACGCAAUACCUGUGUAUUCGUGGUGUUCACCUUUUGUCCGCCAAGUCGUCAUCAUUGACAGUCACCAUCUUUUUGAAUAUUCGCAAGCUGGUGUCGCUGCUCUUGUCAAUCUAUCUAUUUGGAAACCAUCUUGCUGGUGGUGUCUUGGCUGGAGCAGCUCUGGUGUUUGUUGGUGGUGGUCUGUAUGGCUUCGAGGGUGCUCGUCUACGGAGUACGGCCAAGAAGAAUCAAUGA